CUAAACAACACUCUGGCCUCAGAAUCAGUCCUUAAGGCAUUUGGAUCUGGCUGAAGAGCCCAUGAGAGUAUUUUAGGCAUGGAAAGCCAAGACACUCUGGCAAAAAACAAACAAACAAACAAAAAACAAAACAAAACAAAACCUAAAUGAAAGAUCUCUGUGAGUGAGAUCCCAUUGGAAAGAAUGGGCCAACAAAGAAGGAGGUACCUUUCUCUGAAGGGAGGAGAGAACUUCCACUUUGAAUAUGACCUUGUCUAAAUGUUAAAAAAAAGUAAAUGUAUUCCUGAAAUUCAAAUGAACAGAAGCCAUUUAUAUAAUUUCCAUCACUGUAGCAGGUAAGGAGAAAUGAGACUAUUAACCAAGAGGGCAGAAAUUGAGUGUUUCUAUUCUUUUGGUUGUUGCUAAUUCUCUCAGUUGCAUCAAACAUGUAUUUAACUGAAAUUCAAGAAACUCAAACACAGUGUUUCAUGUCUUGUUUCUAAUAAUCAAACUAUCAAACAUUCUUGAUGCAGCCUGCUGACCUAUGAAACUUCUUUUAGGUAAUGUUUGACAAACAUCUGUCAAUAUUUCUCUUCAUAAUUUCUCUGCUCUUGAUUUUAGAUGCAUUCUUUUUUAACUUUUAUUUAAUAAAUAUAAAUUUCCAAAGUACAGCUUUUGGAUUACAGUGGCUUUUUCCCCUGCAUAACUUCCCUCCCACCCGCAACUCUCCCAUCUCCUGCUCCCUCUCCCAUCCCAUUCACAUCAAGAUUCAUUUUCAAUUAUCUUUAUAUACAGAAUAUCAAUUUAGUAUAUAUUAAGUAAAGAUUUCAACAGUUUGCACCCACACAGAUACACAAAGUAUUAAGUAGUGUUUGGGUACUAGUUAUACUAUUGAUUCACAUAGUACAACACAUUAAGGACAGAAAUCCUACAUGGGAAGUAAGUGCACAGUGACUCCUGUUGUUGACUUAACAAAUUGACACUCUUGUUUAUGGUGUCAGCAAUCACCCUAAGCUUUUGUCAUGAGUUGCCAAAGCCAUGGAAGCCUCUUGAGUUCACCAACUCUGAUUUAGAUGCAUUCUUUUAAAAUUUCUUCAGUGUUAUCUUAGUGGUAUGAAUGAGCAAAUACUCAUUGGAAGAUGUGAUAAAGCUAUAAUUCUUCCUUGUUUAUUUGAAAAUAGGCCUGAAGUUGUAAUUUAUUGGAAGAAUAGCAGUAAUUACAAUGUGUAUAGUUACCUCAAAGGCAAUAACUAUUUGGAAAUGCAAAAUCCCAGGUAUGCAAACAGGACAUCCCUCUUCUAUAAAGAGAUUCACAAUGUGAAUGCUUCUCUCUCUUUCAGAAUAAGUCUUCCAAAUGAUGAAACUUAUGUCUGUUAUGUGGGAACAGAAAUCAGAUUCAAAGUGUUGCUGAAAGUGGGAGCUUUCCUCAUGCCUGUGAUAAUGGAUGAAAAGAGAGACACAGACAUCUACUUAUUACGCAGUAUGUUAAGUGUUUAUCCUCAUCCAUACAUAACAUGGAAAAGGGAUAAUACAUUUCUCUCUGAAAGCAAUACAGAAGAAACUGUUUUGGGUCCUUUGUAUUUUAACAGUACAUUGAAUGUUUUAAGAUCAAAUUCAUCUUAUGAAUGAGCAAUGGAAAAUUUAUUGUGGAAGCAAGCAUGAACUGGACAAUGGAUAUUGGGUGGUAGGUUCCAUAGUAAAAUGAAAAAUGAGCAGCUUUAACUCACAUGUCAACUUGUCAACAUUUCUUCCCUACCACAUCAAGACUUCACAGUUACUUGGUCCAGAGAAGAAGGUGGCACUUCCUCUGUCCUGGCUUGCCAUCUGAGCUCCUCACCUAUCAGUGAACCCUGAUUUUCAUGGAACAAAAUGCUGGUAAACCAGAAUGAUUCUAUGACCUUGACAGAUCUUAGUCUUUCAGAUAGUGGAGAACAUUUAUACAAUAUUUCUUCAAACAAAUAUUUACUCAUUGUCCACACACUGCAUAUAGGUAAGUAG